AUGCACAAAUUUUUGGUUCUAACUCUCCUCCUGAGCUUCUUGGCAGCGUGCCAAGCCACCUCUUGUGAGGACUGCUUAAAUUCUGGAAAUCACUACUGCGCCGACACGAAGCUUUGCAAUAGUCCAGUGUGUCUGAACUCGAUUACGCACAUCAUCAAUUGCCCACGAGCACCAAACGCUACAUAUGAUGACAAUGAGGCUCGGUCCAAAUGGCUCCCGCUCUUCGGAGCCAGUGCCACGAAUCCAACAAUGGCUCAGAAGUGUUUCGACAACAACUGGCCAACAAUGAAGCUGUCCAAGUACAUCCUGGUGAAUUGCAGUGAUCCAAGCCCGAUUCUUCCAUUAACCACCUGCGCGAUGAUCACCGCCGUCGACACCACGCAGAAAAUUCUGGUGAUGUCGUUCCGUGCGACGAAUACGGGUACCCAGUUGGAGGAGGAGAUUCUCAACUAUUUUGUCGCAAAGAAGGCGUUUUUCGAUAGUGGCUACAUUUUCGAAUUCUUCUACGAUGCCUACGUGGCACUUUGGAAUGGUGGACUGUCGGCUGAGAUGCGGAAUUUGAAGUAUAAAUAUCCGGAUUAUGAAGUUUGGGUCACCGGGCACUCUCUCGGGGCAGCAUUGGCAUCUGUUGGAGCCUCGUGGAUUGUUAAAGCUGGACUCUUCAAGCCAGAACACAUCAAAGUACUGACUGCAGGACAGCCAAGAACUGGAGACUACGCCUACUCGUUGUGGCACCAGAAUACGUUUGCCUACUCUUUCCGUAUCGUCCAUGCUCACGAUAUUGUACCCCAUGUGCCGUUCCAAUACGAAUUGGUUGAUCACGACAAGAUGUACCAUCAUAGAACAGAGAUUUGGUACAACAACGACAUGUCCGUUGGCUCCCCGUACCAUGUUUGUCAAGAAGCUGAUGGUUUCUAUUGCUCUAAUCAAAACGCGGAUUUAAGCUGGAACGACCAUACCCAUUACUAUAAUACCGAUUUGGAUGGGUACGGUAAUAAGGGAUGUCCAAAGGCGAACUAA